GUUGGAACUCGGCGGGCAGGGCAGCGGGGCUCCGCUGCAGCCCCGGCAUGGACGCGGCGGCCGGCCUGGCGCAGCGGCUUCGGGCAGCGUUGCGGGAAGAGGAGCCGCGGGCGGUGGAGGAACUGCUGAGCCGCGGCGCCGACCCCAACCUGCUGCUGGCGGAUGGCGCGGCAGCCAUGCACCUGGCGGCGGGAGCCCGGCACUCGCGCGGUCUGCGCUGUCUCGAAGCCCUGCUGCGCCGAGGCGGGGACGCCAACUCUCGUUCGGUCGAGGCCCUGACGCCGCUGCACGUGGCUGCCGCCUGGGGCUGUCGCCGUGGCCUGGAGCUACUGCUGGGCCACAGAGCGGACCCUUCACUGCGAGACCAGGACGGACUGCGGCCGCUGGACCUGGCAGAGCACCAGGGGGCCCAGGAUUGCGUGCGCGUCCUUCGGGAGUUCCAGACUCGGACCAAGACUUCGACCCGGACCCGGGCAGAGAGCCAGGAGCCUGAGCCUGAGCCCGAGGCUGACGGCCCAGACCCCUGGAGAAAGGGGCUGGACACCAGCCCCUCUGGACCUCCCAAUGUGACCCCGGGCUCCACAGCACUGGGCAGACGUGAUGGCAGGGACAUGGGCCUGGAGGUCAGCCCCAGAACCCCCAGCCUCCUUGCCCACCCUGAGAUUGCUGACAAGGAUAGCAGCUUGGAGUCCCCCCCAGGACUACGGGACUACUGCUCAGAUACCUCCUUUGUCACUGCGAUUGAAGCUUCUGGAACUGAAGAUCCAGCUCCGCAUACCUCCUCCUGGGCUGGGCCAUUACCCCAGACCAAGCAGGGACUCCUGCCUGGUAUUCGACCUUCCCAGAGGAUGCCAAGGUCUCCAGGUACCCCACAGCUGGUGCAUCGAGCUGCCAGGGCAGACAGGGAGGCAGAACUAAAUACCCGUCUGCAGGCCCUGACCCUGACCUCUCCAGAUGCCUCCCCCUCCGCCAUAUCCCUCCCUGGUGGGAGCCCUGCCCCAAGUCCCCCUCGGGAACCACCGCCUGGACUCCCCGACUCCCCCUUCCUAAAAGACGAAGAGGUGUCCCUCGACAGUGAUGUGGCUGCCCUCUGGCUGACGGAGGACGAGGAGAGCUCCACAGGUGGCAGGGACCCUCUCCCCUCUUGCUGGUGCCCUCCGGUCCCUGCCAUGUCUGACCUGGAUUUGCUGCGAGGGCUCCGAGUGCUUGGCGAGAGUCCUGGCCCCAUCACACCCUUCCCUCGGCCAUACCACCUCCGACGGCUGGAAGAAGCCCAUGCUGCUCUUGACUUUUCAGGGCACAGCCCAGAGCUCGCCGAAGCCCUGCGGACAGGCUGUAUCCCAGAUGCCCAGGCAGAUGAGGAUGUGCUUGCCCAGCAGUUUGAGCGGCCAGAUCCCAAGAGAAGGUGGCGGGAGGGGGUCGUGAAAUCCAGUUUCACGUAUCUACUGUUGGACCCCAGGGAGACUCAGGACCUGCCAGCUCGAGCCUUCUCACUGACCCCCGCUGAACGCCUUCGGACCUUUGUCCGUGCCAUCUUCUAUGUGGGGAAAGGGACACGGACCCGGCCAGAUGUCCACCUCUGGGAGGCCCUCAGGCUCCGUCGGCAGCCAGGAAAGCAGGCCUGCCCCAAAGUGCACCAGAUCUUGGACAUUUGGGCCAGUGGUCGUGGCGUGGUCUCCCUGCAUUGCUUCCAACACGUGGUUGCUGUGGAGGCUUAUACUCGAGAGGCGUGUCUUGUGGAUGCUCUAGGGAUCCAGACGCUGACCAACCAGAAACAAGGACACUGCUAUGGAGUCGUGGCGGGCUGGUCAGCCACCCGGCGCCGCCGCUUGGGGGUGCAUCUGCUGCACCGCGCCCUCCUUGUCUUCUUGGCUGAGGAUGGAGCUUCUGGAGCUUCCCGUCAUGGGAGAGCAAGUAGGGAACCAGAGGAUCUUUGGAACAUUCCAGUGCUUCAGAAUAUGCUAGUGCUUUGGCAGUUUGGCCCUGUCUGUGUAAUCCGCUUUUAUCUCCCAGACACAGGGGACUCACGUGUAGUAUGGGCUGGGGGAAGCGGCCAAACUCAAGGGCCGGAUUUCUCUGCUUCCCAGCUGUGGGACCUCGGACCAAGAACUUGUCUUCCUGAGGCUCAGUUUCCUUAGUUGUACAGUGGGGACAGUGACAAGUCCUACUUCAGGGGGUCAUGGUGGAGACCGGAGUAAACAAAGGCAGGAAAUACAGUGUGUGGCUCAAAGGAGCCCAGCAGGUGGAAAAUCUCUUGGGGAAAGGAGAGGCCGUGAUGCUGUCCAGGGGCCGACUGUGUGUGGUGACGUGGACAGAGCCCGGGAGGUCGACCGGGGUCUGGGUGACCGACCAGCCCUCCUCAGGGUAGCUGUGCAACUCGGGUCUCCAUUGCUUCUCUGAGGCUGUUUCUUUCGCUAGAAGAUGCAAUAAAUAACCGCCAUUCCUUGGUGAUGCUAUGCGAUUUCAGACUUCACACGUGUUAAGAGCUUUAGUAAAUGCCAAGCUGCCAUCCUGGUGAGGUGUUGACGGGAUCAUUUUAUUUUCUGGGAGUUGCUUCUUCAAAGCAUUUAGUGUAUUUAGAGAUUUGGGAGGAUCCGCCGCCUCAUUGGGUUGGCCAUCUGCCCAUCAUCGCGGCUCAGCGAACCACGUCCUGCAGGGGGCGGGAUGUAACCCCGGCCCGUCCCACCUGCCUCAAUUCCUGCAGGCUGAGCCCCUGGCUACUCUUGGAGAAUGGCUAGUAUGGUAAUCAGGGGCCAGGCCUCUGGAGUGGGUCUGGGCUCUACCAUUUUAUUUAUUUAUUUAUUUUUAAAGAUUUUAUUUAUUUAGAGAGAGACAGCAUGCGUUAGCUGGGGGAGGGACAGAGGGAGAGAAUCUCAAGCGGACUCUGCCUUGAGCGGGAGCCCCCCCAUGGGGCCUGAUCCCACCUCCCUGAGAUCACGACCUGAGCCGAAAUGAAGAGUCUGACGCUUAACCGACAGAUCCACCCAGGCGCCCCUGGGUUCUACCAUUUUGACCAAACUCAGGAAACUUCUUUGAGCUUCCCUUUCCUCAUAUAUAAGACGAGGAGGCCUCCCAGACACCAAGUCUCUUGAUAAAGUGAUAGCAAUUAAAAGUGUGCCACAUGCCCAGGAAUUCACAAAGAAGUCACUGGGAAAGAAUCCAGAGACACGCCCCCCCCCCCCCCCCCAAAGACUCAAAAGAGAUGAGAUUUGUCUAACAGGAUUUCCCAAUGUGGGCCUACUGACAUUUGAGGCCGAAUUAUUCUUUGGGGUAGGGGCAGUCCUGUCCAGUGGGCUCCACCCACUUCCUCCCACCCCCAGUUGCCGCAAUUAAAAAUGUCUCCAGAAUUUGCUAAUGGAGGGUGCCUGGGUGGCUCAAUCGGCAAAGGGUCUACCUUUGGCUAGGGUCAUGAUCUCAGGGUCCUGGGAUCAAGUCCUGCGUCAGGCUCCUUGCUCACCGGGGAGCCUGCUUCUCCCUCUCCCUCUGCCUCCCCACUCAUGCGGGUGUGUGCUCAAAUAAAUAAAUACUUUUUUAAAAAAUUUACUAGUGGAAAACAGUGCCCCCAUGAGAACUCUGGUCUAAACUAAACGUGGGCUGACAAACCAGUGGGGAAAGGACCAAAGAUGCAGUAACUAAAGGGACAGUGCUCUCCCCUCACCGUUCACACAAGCCAGAGGUGUACCUUAAGAUACAUACAUUAGAAAAUAUAGA